AUGCUGAGAAGUGAUGAAUUUUCAUAUCCAUCACCAAUGACUCAUUUCAUUCAGAUGAAUUUGUGGUUAUCGUUCGCAGUUUUUCUGUGUUCUUUUUCUGAGUCGUUAGCACUUCAAAAAGGAAUUCAAAGGCGAAUCGAGCAGUUUUUUGAACUGUCAAGUCAUACGAAUAAUUGGGCUGUUUUGGUGUGCACGUCAAGGUUUUGGUUCAAUUACCGUCAUGUUGCGAAUGUUUUAUCGUUGUAUCACUCCGUUAAACGGUUGGGUAUUCCGGAUAGCAAUAUAAUUCUAAUGUUAGCUGAUGAUAUGCCAUGCAAUCCAAGGAAUCCAAAACCUGGUACGGUUUUCAAUAGUAAAUAUCAACAUAUAAAUUUGUACGGUAUUGAAGUAGAAGUUGAUUACCGAGGUUAUGAGGUAUCAGUUGAGAAUUUUGUACGCAUGAUGACGGGUCGUGUGCAUCCAGCAACACCUCGUUCAAAACGUCUUCUGUCAGAUCACCAGUCGAAUGUAUUGAUCUAUUUGACUGGUCACGGAGGGGAUAGCUUCCUUAAGUUUCAAGACUCUGAAGAGUUAACGAACGUCGAUUUAGCUGAUGCCAUCGAAACAAUGUUCCAGAGUAAUCGAUAUAAUGAAUUAUUUUUAAUCGCUGAUACAUGUCAAAGUGAAUCUAUGUAUCAGCGGGUGUACAGUCCAAAUGUGCUUGCGACGAGCAGUUCGUUGGUUGGCGAAGAUUCGUUAUCGUACGACGUUGAUCAAACGAUCGGUGUAUAUAUAAUCGAUCGAUAUACACAUUUCACACUGGAAUUCUUGGAAAGAGAAGUGCAUUCACUGAACACGAAUCGUUCAAUGCAAGACUACUUCGAUUCAUGUCCACACUCUAAAUGUCUUUCCACUAUUGGCGUACGUAAGGAUCUCUAUCCAAAGGUACAAUUGUUUUUUNUUUUUUGUUAUUUACUGAAACCGACAAUGCUUAAACUGUGGUUUAGCAUUCAAUGA